AGAACUUUAGAGAUAAAUGCUAUUUUUCUGUGUCUUGUAUUUCAUAUUUAUUCUCUGCCCAUUUACUGAUUCCCCUUUUAAUGCUCUCUCCACUCCGUCUUCUUCGAAAUUCCACCCACUUAUAAACCCUCCUCUGCCACCCCUCAGGCAGCCAAGUUAGAGGACAAUUCUGGCUUCUUUUCAGAUAAUUAAAGAUUAAGAAUUUUUUGGGAUGGCUUCUUUGGGGAAUUCAACCAAUAUAUUUUGGCAAGAAUGCCCAGUUGGGAAGCUUGAAAGGCAGAGGUUAAUAAACCAAAAGGGAUGUGUUGUAUGGAUCACGGGUCUCAGUGGAUCAGGGAAAAGCACACUGGCGUGCUCAUUAAGUAGAGAACUACACACAAAGGGGAAGCUUUCUUAUGUACUUGAUGGAGACAACCUGCGGCAUGGAUUAAACAAGGAUCUUGGGUUCAAGGCAGAAGAUCGAGCUGAAAAUAUACGCAGAGUUGGGGAAGUUGCAAAGCUCUUUGCCGAUGCUGGUCUAAUCUGCAUUGCUAGUCUAAUAUCUCCAUAUAGAAAAGACCGUGAUGCUUGCCGUGCAAUGCUGCCAGAUAAAAAUUUUAUUGAGGUUUUCAUGAAUAUGCCUCUAGAAUUGUGUGAGGCAAGAGAUUCAAAAGGUCUUUACAAGCUUGCACGUGCUGGAAAGAUUAACGGUUUUACUGGCAUUGAUGAUCCUUAUGAACCGCCACUGAGUUGCGAGAUAGAAAUGCAACAGAAAGAUGGAGUUUGCCCGACACCAGCUGACAUGGCAGCACAAGUAGUUUCUUACCUGGAGGAGAAGGGAUAUCUUCAUAAUCAGUGAUUGAUCCUCUCUGAAGUUCCCUUUAGAGUUGUAUCAUGAUCAACAACUCCCAAUGGAGAUGAUAUAUUCUCAUUACUGGUAACAGUAGCUGCCCAAUCUCGAGGAUGGGGUUUAGUUGGUGCUAACUAAUGGUAUUUACAGGUAACUUUGGUACUUUUAAAUUAACAGAGGAGGGAUUUACUUGCAUAUAAGUCUCACUCACUACAUUUACACAAGAUAUUGACUAUUUUUUAUUUUCAAUGGUUGAGAUUUAUUAUGACUUUUUAAGUAAAAAAGAUAAUUAUCUUUAAUAAAUAAGAUAAAAAGUGAAUAAAUCUCAAUAAUUGAAAGUAGAAAAAGAAAUUAUCAAGAUUUUAUGUAAGUAUGGUGUAUAAAACUCCUGUGUAAGUAGAUCUCUUCUCAAAUUAACAGGGUUUAGGGUUUAUUGUUAGCAUUCAUAUGUUGCAAACCUGUCUCAGCAUGUUAUUUUGAUUUGUUUCCCCUUUUACUGGAAUUCUUUAAUUCCAAACCUAAGACUGUUUUAUAAUGUGUAUAGUUUUUUUUUCUGGUGAUGCUCUCAUCACGUAGUUAGAACAGAUGAGCUAAAAGCACUCUUUUAAGUUGUUCCAUGAUCUGCAAUGCUAUAAAGGACACCGUGAACA